UAUGAGAGAAGAAUGUCGCUACGUAUACUUGGACCUUGGAUCUAACAAAGGCGUACAGAUACGAAAACUAUUUGAACCAGCGUUAUACCCAGGAGCUAAGAUCAUCCCGUAUUUCAACGAACUGUUUGGAAAUGUUGAAGACAGGCGAAAAUACACUUGUGCCUUUGGGUUUGAAGCAAAUCCACGACAUUUUACAAGGUUGAAAUACAUCGAGAAUGCGUACAGACGAAAAGGGUUUCGAGUUACCUUCUACAAUAAUGCAGUUUGGAAUGAACAAAACAAAAACGUGACAAUUUACUCGGAGACUAAGUUUGACUUAGACUGGGGCGCAGGAGUCCUUGACGUCGCUAUCAAAGACAAAGAAGCCAUGGCUAGGUACCAAGUACCAACAGUUGAUAUUGUGCAAUUCAUCAACGAGGAAAUUAAACCACUUAAGCCGAAGGCGGUUUUUGUUAAGAUGGACAUAGAGGGAUCAGAGUACACAGUGUUACCUCACAUGAUCGAAAACAAAGUGUUGUGCAAAAACAUCGUAACCUCGAUUGUUGUUGAAAUGCAUAAAUGGGCAAAGAACCGAAUGAAAUCCGAUCUGGACAUAAAGACAUUGAGACAGCGGAUGAUGACACAGAAAUGUGCGCCCACAGAUAUUGUGCCUUUUGAUGACGAAACAUACAAGAGUGACGUGAAAGUCGACCCUGCCGCUUAAAAAUGAAAGCAUCAGUUAUACAAACAACAACACUAUAAUUUGAAUACUAGACGGUUUAUUUACAACACCUUAGAUAACUUUACCUACGAAUGACCUUAUGUGGAUUAUGCUUUCCGCGAGUGAUUGGAAUUUAUGUAUAUUUGUUAUAUCACAUUUUGAUUUUAAAGCAGUUGUAUUCCUCUUUUUAGCUCACCAGAGGCAGAGCACGAAGUGCUCAAGAUGAGCUAUUGUGAUAGGUCUUUGUCCGUCGUCCGUCCGUCUGUCCGUCCGUCCGUCCGUCCGUCCGUCAACAUUUGCUUAAAAAACAUCUUAUCUGAAACUACCUGGCCAAAUUCAAUGAACCUUCACAGGAAGCUUCCUUGGGUGACCCUCUACAGAAAUACAACAAGGGGUCACGUUUGAUCAACAACAACAGCAACAAAAUGGCCGACUUCCUGUUUGCUUUAAAAAACAUCUCCUCUGAAACUACUAGUCCAAAUUCAAUGAAACCUUACAGGAGGCUUCCUUGGAUGACCCUCUACAAAAAUACAACAAGGGGUCUCGAUUGAUCAACAACAACAACAAUCUCGCCAACUUCCUGUUUUGCUUUAAAAAAAACAUCUCCUCUGAAACUACCAGGCCAAAUUCACUGAAACUUUACAGGAAGUUUCAUUGCAUGACCCUCUACAAAAAUACAACAAGGCAUUGAGAUUGAUCAACAACAACAACAACAAAAACAACAACAAAAUGGCCGAUUUACUGUUUUGCUUUUAAAAAAAUCUCUGAAACUACCAAGCCAAAUUCAAUGAGACUUUACAGGUAGCUUUAUUACAUAACCCUUUACAAAUAUAAAACAAGGCAUCAUCAGUUAAGAUAUUCUUAAAUUGCAACAUUUUUAUUAAUGCUUCAUCACAGAGUUGUGGCCCUUUGCUUAGGUGAGCGUUUUAGGGCCAUCAUGGCCCUCUUGUGUUAAUGUUGAUAGAAAUUUGCGAACUUGCACAAUACAGUCGCACCCUGUUGACUCGAACUCGCUUGGCUCGAAUUGGGUGUAAAGGACCGAUUAUUGACUCUAGUUUUCCGAGGUAUUUUCGCCAGUCCCUCGGAUUUGAAGCCAACGGGGUACGACUGUAAGUAAUACAAAAGAUAUCGGUGAGGAGUUCCAUUGUCUCUUCACAUGUUUGUUUUUAUGUAGAUAUGAAAAGGUUAACGGUUAGGUAUCCCUUCCGAAGAUCCAGACACAUUCAAUUCCGGAAAGGUAUUAUUAUCGCUGGCACUUCAACCAUUAUUAGAUUGAAAGAAUCUGUAAUCUUUAUUUUAUUUCAAUUUAUGAGACUAA